CCAUGUGUGUGUGUGUGUGUGUGUGUAGCAAAUAAUAAAAAGGAAAGUGACAACACCAGCUCACACAUCCCGCCCCAAGCACUACUUUCUGAUCGACAGUGAUUACUAAGUGUGCAAUUAUUUCAGUUUCCUAAACUCCACACAUCAGAAGGUCCUGAUUUUUGGGAGGAUGAAUUCCUGUUGGAUGAGGACACUUUUUUUCUGAGCUGAUAAGCUGGGGAAUAAUGGAAUGCUGGUAUUAACGCUUAUAAUUGACAUAUAAAUAGAGAGCAUAACGCGUCUAUUUAGGCGCCCACUGGAGCAGAUCAUUUUCCUUUCAAAGCAGACGGUAAAUGAGUCACCCUUUUUUUUAAGUGGCGUCAGUUAAACUGUAGUCUUUACCCUGAUCAAGUCAGGUCAAAGAAAAGUGAAGGUUUCUUUAAAUCUUAUACAGCAGAAUGAUUAGGGAAAUACUGGUUGUUAUUGUUUUUGCUGUGCAGAUUGGUCGUUUGGUAAUCGGUCACAACGGCCUCCUGUCCACCCCUGCCGUGUCCUGCAUCAUCAGGAAGAUCAAGGCGAUCGGUGGGAUCAUCCUCACAGCCAGCCACAACCCCGGAGGCCCCGGCGGAGACUUCGGAAUCAAGUUCAAUGUGGCAAACGGAGGUCCAUCCCCAGACACAGUGAUGGAGAGGAUCUCCCAGGUGAGCCGGACACUGGAGGAGUACACCAUCUGCCCUGAUCUGCGCAUUGACCUCUCUAGACCGGGGAGACAGGAGUUUGAUCUCGAGAACAAGUUCAAACCUUUCAGAGUGGAGAUUGUUGACUCAGUUGAAGUCUAUUUACAACUGCUUCGAAACAUCUUUGACUUCUCCGCCAUUAAAAGUCUCCUCACCGGACCAGAUCAGCUGAAGAUCCACAUAGAUGCCAUGAACGGAGUGAUGGGACCAUAUGUACGCAGGAUCCUGUGUGAAGAGUUGGGGGCUCCUGCUAACUCUGCAGUCAACUGUGUCCCUCUGGAGGACUUUGGUGGUCGACCUCCUGAGCCCAACCUGACCUACGCCACCUCAKUGGUAGACGCCAUGAAAGGAGGCGAGUUUGGAUUCGGAGCCGCGUUUGACGCAGAUGGGGAUCGUUACAUGAUUCUUGGAGAAAAUGGCUUCUUUGUGAACCCGUCAGACUCAGUGGCCAUCAUCGCUGCUAACGUCUCCACCGUGCCUUACUUCAGACAGCAUGGUGUCAGAGGCUUUGCUAGGAGCAUGGCCACCAGCGCCGCCCUUGACAGGGUUGCCAAYGUCAUGAAACUGGCGCUGUAUGAGACGCCCACAGGCUGGAGGUACUUCGGGAACCUGAUGGAUUCUGGGCGUUGCUCCCUCUGCGGGGAGGAGAGCUUUGGGACAGGUUUGACUARGAGGGUCUGGACCCGCGUGCAGCCUUUUACCUGAUGAGGGACCUGGAGGGCGUCAUCUCAGACAAAGCCUUCACCAGUCAGAAGUUUGCUGUGGGCGAUCACAUCUACAGCGUGGAGAAGGCUGAGAACUUCGAGUACAUCGACCCGGUGGAUGGAUCCGUGGUUCGGAACCAGGGUUUAAAGAUCGUCUUCACUGAUGCGUCUCGUCUCGUGUUUCGGAUGAGCGGGAGCGGCGGAGGGACGGGCGCCACCAUACGGAUUUAUGCCGAAAGCUUCGAAAGGGACCCAGAGAGACACAGCAGAGAGACUCAGGUGGUGCUGGGUCCUCUCAUCGCCAUCGCCCUGAAGAUCUCAAACAUUCAUGAGAGGACGGGGCGGCGUGGCCCCAAUGUCAUCACAUGAGCUACACACACACACACACACACACACACACACACAC